AUGCUCAACUACCACUUUAAAAAUGUCAAGUCUUUUCAAUUGCCCCGAUAUCAACCAAUCAAAGCCAAUUUAGGCUGUCCUAUUUCUCGUUCGACUUCCCUGCCUCGAUCGCCUCUUGUGCGUCCCUGCAACUAUUAUAGUAAAGUGGCACCUGUUCCUGCUUUGUCCUUCAAGUUGGCUGUCUCUUCCGGUCACUCAACUUCCAGAGCACUUGUAAGACCUGCUAUAACGCAUAGGAUCUCAUCUGGAAAAUCAUUUCGACGGAUUGUUCGUAAACCAGUGUCUCUCAUCAAAAAUUCGCCACUUGAAUCAGCAACUUCUUCCUUAACUAGGUCCUGUUUAGUAACACACAUUCCCGCAUCCACUGCCUUAGAACUAAGUUCUCCUACCGUCAUUUUUUCAACUUCACAACCAUCUAUUGGAUCUCGGCUCUUGAAAAUACCUCCCAUACCCCAACAACUGACCGAUAGCUCUGAAGCUUGCCACGUGGGAUUUCACACCUAUCCGUCUUUGUGCUCACUUGGAUCAGGAGAAACUGAGUCAACUGCUCUUAUUCAUCGAGCUUUAGUGCCAUUACUACCCUCAUCAUCAUUGGAUUUUGGGCCUUCCUGUACUGAUGUGUGUUGUUUACAGGCGGAAUCAAAUGCUCUCUUAGUGGCAGCUAAAGCAGCAGCUGUGGCAGAAACCACCUCAGCAAUAGAAAACUUAGACACAGCGAGUAUUAAUCAAGGCAUCUUCACAUCUGCGAAAUUCAACUCUCCCACCUCUUUGAUCACACCCACUACAUCAAACUUUCCAAUGACUUCGUAUUCUAUCGAUGGGUUGUCCAUGUCGCCAGGCGAGAAUACUGGUAUUUCGUCCUCUAUUACGACAUGCUCCUCCCUCACUUGUUCUUCAUCCGCUCCUCCUGGACCCUCUUCUGCCUCCAAUAUUUUAGCAUCGCCAACUACCUCUAAUCAAUCCGGGGCAGGUCCUCUUCAAAAAUUACCACUAUUUGACCACGCCUUGUCUACUUCUCGUCAUCUUUCAAGCACUCUGCCCCUUUCUACUUCAACGACUAUAAGUAUUGCUCCAUCUUCCCCAGCAAAUGCUUGCUAUUUACCUGCCCCUAUUUCCUCGCGUUCCUCUCUUCUAUCCGGUUCUAAUGUUCAACUCUCCCCCAACCAUCUACCUAUUUUGGCACCAUUCUUACAUGCUACGACGCCAACAACUCUGAUGCUUGCCCAUUUACCAUCGGGUGUUUCCCAAAGUCAAAUUCUUACGGCCAAGACUUCUUCAGCUGAUGUAAUCUCUGAACUAGCCGUCAGUUUGCCAGAGAAUGGCAGCAGCGUCACUGGGUUGGGCAAAUUUAGCUCGGUCGAUCCUGUCAUGGCUUCGUUCGCUCGGCUUCAUCUUCCAUGUUCUGGGUUUGGACUGACCGCAAUCCCUAUACCAGACGUAAAGAACGAGUCGAUUACUUAUCUUCCGGCUUUUGCCAACAAUACCGUAUAUAGCAGCAGCAAAGGCAAUAAUGAUGAAAAAAUUACCUCCAGCAGCCCCCCCUUAACGACAGGACUAUCAUUCUCCCAUUAUGCCAUCGCAGUUGGUUUGGCUAAUGCUGCCGCCGCAGCCGCCGCUGCAGCGGCCGCAAGCAGCAACAAUCAAGUUUAUAUUCCUAAUGUUACCAGCAUUGUAAGUGGUGGCUUCACCCGGAUUAGACCCCUUGGAAGCAUCGGAGUUUAUCAAGGCGGAUUCCAGUCAAGUAAUUCUCAAGUUGGUUCCUCAUUAAACUACCCGACAUUAUCUCAAAACCAACCAUCUCCUGAGGACAUCAGUUUACUUUCACUUGGCCAGUUUCCUUCUUAUCCGCAUCUUACAUCAACCUCGGCUACCAGCGCUCCGGUGUUGCAGAUAAACACUCCUGUUGGGCAACUGGCUCCCACUUUUGGUUAUCAUAAAUUGGUUGACCUACCUACGCUUGGUUCGCCAGGCCUGAAAGUGCCUGUCCUCUCUUCUUCUACAUCUCCAUCAAUGCUAUCAGCGAUGCCAAGUAUUUCGAGGCAAGUGAGCGAACCACUAACAAUGGUUGCCUCAGAAACGACAAUUUCAAGAACUUCAGAACUCCCUGCUUUGGCGGCAGUAGCAGUUGCUACUCCAAAACAUCCAUUACAGUUGCACUUGCCAUGCCAGGUUCCUGCCACUGGUCUUUUCACUCAUAGCCAGACAAUCAUGGAAAGGCCGACGAAACUGCCACUUCAGGGCUCUGCUUCUACUGGAUUAAAUCUGCUUCCCGUUUCCUCAGUCUCACUAUCCCCCUCCUCUCGCUUCACUCCUACUACCUCCAGUUCUAUCACACCCAUAGCAGAAGUAGGCGAAUCAGCCAGUCUU